AUGACGGACUGGUCUCCUGUUUAUGAAGCAGCCUUGGUCGAAGAGAAAGUCAAGACCUUCUACAGUUUGACCAUGACCUUGGUGAAUCAGCAUCUUCCUGUAAAAGUGUCGGCGACAAGAGCCUGUGACAAGAAGUGGAUGACCGAGGGCGUCAAACGCGCUAUCAGGAAAAGGGCUGAGGAGUUCAAGCGGCAUGGCAAAUCUGCUCGGUGGAAAUCUCUCAGAAACAACGUUCAAACCAGCAUCAGGCAUGCCAAGAACUGGCACUACAGAAACUUCAUACAAACCCUCAAACAGGAAGACCCACGUAAGUGGUGGGGCGCUGUUAACCGUGAGCUUGGCAGAGCACAAGAGAGAUCUAAUAGUACCACCAUUGAGGACGUGCCAGACCACGAGGUGGCCGAGGUCCUAAAUCAGUACUUUUCCUCAGCGUGGUGUCCUGGAACGUCUCUGCACCUGUUCCCCCUGCAGUGUCCGACUCCAUGCGUUGACUUGUGUUCGAUUGGUGAGGUGAAGACUCUUCUUAAGGGCUUAAACCCUCACAAGGCAAGUGAUCCUGAUGAUCUCCCAACAUGGACUCUCAAGCAUUACGCUGACGACUUGGCGCCAGUCAUCACCCACCUGUUUAAUGCUUCGUAUGAGGAGGGGGUUGUUCCUAGCAUAUGGAAGGCGGCAAACGUUGUCCCUGUGCCAAAAUCUAAGGGUGCAGCUAACGCCAGUGAGAUGAGGCCCGUGUCCCUCUUACCCGUAGCGGCCAAGCUCAUGGAACGGUGUAUUCUGAAAAGACUAUUGCCCUCUAUUACACCUGCCAUUAGAAACCAGUACGCUUACCUGAAGGGUUCUUCCACUGUCUUAGCGGCCAUAAGGAUGGUACACACGUGGCUGUCAGCCUUAGACUCAAGACGUCGCGCUGCAGUCCUAGCUUUGUUCGCAGACAUGAGCAAAGCAUUUGAUAGAGUGAACCAUUCAAUUCUCCUCCAACGAGUGAACGACGUGGUGACCAAUCCACGCAUGGUAGCCUGGAUACAGAACUAUCUGCAGGGCCGUACCCAGAGAGUGGUUGCUAACGGUAAAGUCAGCGAGUGGAGAGUACUCACUUCGGGGGUACCUCAGGGAGGUGUACUGUCACCCUACCUUUUCCUCCUGUUCAUGAGUACUCGAGACGUAGUCCACAGCGACACUCUUGAUGUCGGCUACGCAGACGACGUGGGUUUGUCCAGGUCUAUCUCCCUGGAGAAGGAUCGCGUGGAUAACAGUAUGAGAGAGGAAGCGCUACAGCUUGAUUCCUGGGCGGAGUGCAAUGACAUGCUGCUAAACGGCAAAAAAAUCGCUGCGGAUGGAGUUAGCAAGCAGCAAGGCCAAAGCCACUUGUUCGAGUGCGACUUCCCUAUCAGUGCGGAUAGAUACGUUAUUAACUGGAUGAAGGACGGUUCAUCGGUGAUGGGUUACCUAUCAGGAGACGAACAACCAGCCUUUACCAGUGGCCUGGCGGGCCGUACUGAUGUUCUGUUUGUUAACAACAGGGAUCUGGAGAUCAUGAACCUACGACUAUCAGACGAAGGGGAGUACUACUGCAGCGUAAACGAGAUUGGAGCAGGUGCCCAAAGUGGUGACGGAUCGCGGUAUCAGCUGGUUGUCUUCGUACCACCCACUAUCAGCCUGACUGGAGGACCGUACGAAGUUGAGAUUGGAGAGACAAUGAUGUCCACCUGCCGUGCCAACAGCCAUCCCCCCUCCAACUUCACAUGGACCCUCCCGAACGGUGACGUGUCGCAAGGGGCGGUGUUGGAAAUCACCAACAUGACGCAAGCAGACAUAGGAACGUACCUGUGCACGGCAGACAAUGGCUACGCCACUGACUAUAAGGCUGUAGACAUCAGCAAGAAAGGUACGUAUUAA